UGCACAAACCGCACACGCGGCGCCGGUCCCGUACCCUCCCCUGAUACAUCCUCGGCCUUCCUAUCGUACCAGCCCUUCGCGGACGCCGCGAAGAGCGCAACAACACCGACGAACUACACUGCAGCAUUUACAAACCUACACGCCAGCACAACAGCAAAGACCUACCUGGGCGUAUCCGAACUCUCGUCCUACGAUGUGUCGAACUGUACUGCGCAAUGCGACGCCCAGAACGGCUGCACUGCGGUAAAUAUUUUCUUCGAGCGAACGCCGACGCUGAACUUGGGACCGAAUUGCGCAAACGCACCCAGCAGCACGGUGAUCAAGUGCGUGUUCUGGGGCGAUGCGGUCACGAAGCAGAACACCGUGAACAGCGGGUACACGGACAACGGGUUUGUGGUUGCGAUUGCGGGGAGCAACGGGUACAACAAG